AUGGAGCCGGAAGAGGGGACGCCCUUGUGGCGGCUGCAGAAGCUGCCGGCCGAGUCGGGCCCGCAGAUAUUUCAGCAGUUGAAUCAGUUGAACUCAUUUCAUCACGAAGUGAUCAUAAAGUGCUUGAAAAGUAGGAAAGAUGAGAUCAAGCAGGCUCUGUUAGGAGAAAUAGUUGCUAUUUCCUCUGCACAGCUACAGGAUUUUGAUUGGCAAUUAAAGCUCGCACUCUCUAGUGACAAGAUUGCUGCAUUACAAAUGACACUUUUAAGUCUUCAUCUAGAUGUAAAAGAAAAUGGUGAAGUAAAACCGUAUUCUGUUGAAAUGAGUAAAGAAGAGCUGCAGAAUCUAAUAAAUUCCUUGGAAGCAGCUAACAAGGUGGUCCUGCAGUUGAAAUAACUGGAAAUGAUGAACACCAGCGCUAUCAGAUUUCACUGCUGCAGCUGCUACGGCAGAGAAUUCUGUGUGUUCAGAACCCUGCGAUGCAUUGACUGUCACACUGGGCUGAGACCGCAGCAGUGUUGAGAAUACAAAGAUAAAAAUUUAUCAGUAUCUCUAAAGAACAGGAAAUUACAUGGUUGAUAGGUAAUGCUAAAAUGAACGAUUAAAAUCUAUAGUAGCUGUUUAUAUUUUCAUAAUGAUUGUUUUGCCUCAUUUAUUAAAUA